CCUAAGCCCUGAAUCCUAAACCCUAAACACUUGAGUGUUUUAGUGUUUAGUGAUUUUGAUUCAGAGUUUAAGAUUUAUCCUAGAGUUUAGGGUUUAUCCAAGGGUUUAGGAUUUAGGGUUUAUGGAUUAUGAUUUAAGUUUUAAUGUUUUGCCGAAGAUGGUUAAAAUAUGUUUUUUUGUAAUUACUACUAUUUUUUUUUUAUAUUUUAAUUUUAAAAAUAUAAUAUAAUUUGAUCAUAUUUUGCUUCCUUUUUUAAAAGAUAUCGAAUAUGAAAUAUCACAAUUUUUUUGGUUGGUGAACCUAGGGGCUGAACCCAAAAAUAAGUAUAUUGGCAUAUUCCUGAAAAUUGUUGUAGAUUAUUUCAGUCUUUUAAUUUAGACUUAUCAAAUGCUAAUUUAUCGGUAUAAUGUGUUAUGAAUACAAAACGUUAUAUCAGGUCUCUAAUAAGUUUUUGAUUUAAGAAACAGAUUAAAGAAGCAUUAACCGUAAAUGCAGAAAACAAGAGCAACGUUUCGUCACAAAGAUCAAACAAUGUCUCAGUCUGUAGAUCGGCAAACUGAUCUGGUCGGACACAACAACAACAACAACAACAAAGUGAUCACUAACCCACUGGCUAUGAGUCUCUUGAUUGGUCUGAAGAAUGACAAGUGCAUCUCAGAUUCUGAUUUUGUCAGAAGCCCUAAAUCUCCUCUGGAGUUUAAGAUGUUGUCUACAAUGGCUGCUGACCCAUUCUUCCUCAGAUCUCCUAGAUCCUCAUUCACUGCUCAUCUUAACUGCCCUGCUAAAGUUGGGUUAAGCAUUGUGGAUUCUCUCGGUGAUGAUCGGGCUCUGUCACCAGAUGUCGUGUUUGGACCAGCCUUGAGGAUCAAGUCCUCUGAUAUCAAGGACAAACAUCCCAAGUCCUUGAAGAUCGAAAAGGAAAGAUCUGGUGUUAUCUUCGAAAUCGGCUCAUUUUCUGCGGAUGAUUGUCCGACAAAGACCCGAGUUCUGUCUCAAUCCAAGUUUCCAAGGAUUGGUUCAGACAAUGCAUUCUCAUCUGAGGAUGAGAUGGAGAUGUCAGAGGACUACACUUGUAUCACUACGCAUGGUCCUAACCCGAAAACCACUCAUAUUUACGGUGACCAAGUUUUAGAGUGUCACAAGAAUGGGGAUGAUAACAAAGACAAGAGUAUCGAGACAGAGUUGGAUUCCAUGUUUACUUUGGACAACUUCCUCAGCGUAUGUAACUUAUGCAACAAGAAACUUGUACUUGGGAAAGACAUAUAUAUGUACAGAGGAGAGAAAGCUUUUUGCAGCGCAGAGUGUCGUUCAGAGGAGAUGACAAUAGAUGAGGAGGACGUGCAAGAUUCUUGCGUAGUUAUGCACGGAUCUCUAAAGAAGCUCCUCUUCUGAACAAGAAGCGGCUAAUAAGACGAUGGUCAUGGGACAAGCUUUUAUAGACCCGACCAUCGUGUAUUAACUACCUAAAAAGACUUAUUAUAUAAUGUAUUGAAUAGUAGGUAACGUUUUGGCACUACUAAUCUGGUUCAUCCGUCUACAAAGAGCUGUGUUUAUGCGCAUCUAUUAUCAGCUGCAGCAGCCGCGGAUGGAUUAGGCGGCCUUCGUUUUCUUUGUAUAUUCUGUAAUGGGUUUCAGUUUCUUCUUGGGUUUCGAUACCUAAGUUGAAGACUACUACUAAGAUCGUAACUGAAUAAGCCUCGUAAAGAGAGGGAUUGUGUAAACUACUCCAUUUUCUUCAUAGUUCGAUUAAUUAAGACAAUAAAUUUAGAGAUUAAAAA